AUGAAAAAGGAUAAAAUAAAGGAAGAAUUAAAAGAGAAUAACGAAAAUUACUUGAAAUUUAAUGAAAAUGCAAGGAAAUGGUUUUAUAGCAAAGUUGAAAAAAAUAAAAUGGUGAAUAUACAAGAAAAGUAUGAAUCGUUUCUAAAGUCAUAUGAAAAUAGAAAAAAACGAGUUGCGGAAAAAUAUAAUAUACAUAAAUACAUAACCACACUAAACAACAUAUUACUAUUAUGUUUUAUCACAUUUGAUUUUUUUUACAACUUAUUGAAAGUGUGUAUAAAAAAUGCAAAAUGCUUUUAUAAUAACCCAUUUCCAUAUAUAUACAACGCAAAAGUGAUCAUGAAGAAAAAUUACAUUUAUGGAGUCAAAUUGAUUAAUAUGUAUAAAGACAUCCUACACGCUUCUGUAUUAUUUGUCUUACGAGAAAAGAAGAAAAUAUACAAGGAACUGAAAAACAUCUUACUCUUCCUUUUCCGCCUUUUGAAUUUUUACUUCUUUCAGUGUUUGGAGGCCAUUUAUCAGUACUUUUACUUCAGAUAUUGCGAUAUUUUCAAGGCCACCAAAUUUUUCAAGGUUUUCACAUGA